AACAACCUGUGCACCCACGUUAGUUUGGAAACCUAAAUAUCAAAGAAUCCUAACCUAAAACUGUGUGUGUGUCUGUGAUACGUCAGUAGCAGUCAGUAGUUUGUAGAUAUUGAAACGUGCCUGUUGCUGAAUGGAUAAAAUGCGAAUCGUCGUGGAAGCGGAUAUCCGCUGCUCCUCCUCCUUCUCCUCCAUACCGUUACAGACCAGUCGUCAGGGUGUGGUGUAAACAAAGCUAAAGAGAUUUAACAACGCCGACACGAGAAGCAACAGCAGCAAACAAUAAAACGGUCAUCGUGAUCGAGAUCGAGAUGGUGUACGUCAUCGUGACGGGCAGGAGCCUGCUUUGGGUGCUGAUGAGUCUCGUGUCGACGGUGUUGAUGCUCGUUGCAUUCGCGAGUCCCGUUUGGUUGGUGGGAAUGCCGAAGAGCAUCAGUUACGGCAACGAGACUCGCCUGUACAAUCCGAGCAUCGGUGUCUACUCCAGAUGCAAGGAGCCGUCGCGAGAUGGAUCCAACUGCAACACGCUGGCGGUGCGCGGUCUCCUCACCGACCCGGAGGUCUUCCCGGACGCUUGGAAAGCGGCCUGCGUCUUCCUCGGCACCGGACUGGCCAUCAUGACGUUCACAGUGUUCUGCAGCGUCGCCGGCUGCUGCUACCAGAGCAUCUGCAAGAAGAGCAUCUUCACGGUCGCGGGAUCGGCGCAGGUGGUGGCGGGCAUGUUCUACAUCCUGGUGCUGUUCCUCUUCCCGAUGGCGUGGAGUUCGAGACGGGUGCAGGCGCUCUGCGGCAGGGAAGUAUCGCACUUUUAUCCGGCCGACUGCUCGUUCGGUCUGGGCAUGUGGAUCGCGAUCGUCGGGACGGCGCUCACCUUUUGCACAGCCUACAUCUCGAUAUACGCUGACAAGGCGACGAGCAGCGAUCACGUUCAGGAUCAGAUCUCUGACGGACGCACCCUCAUCUGCCUCCCCUAAAACAUUACAAAGAUGCAAAGAACA